AUGGCGCGCUCCAUAGGCCUCAACACCGUCAUCGUGCUCAAGCAGGAGGAGGAGCUCGACAUUGUUGUCGAUGCUAGCCGCCGCCUCGCCGUGCGCCCGGUCGUCGGCAUGCGCACCAAGCACGCCAGCCACUUUAGCUCCACGUCCGGGGAAAAGGGCAAGUUCGGCCUCAACGCCACGCAGAUACUGUCCGUGAUCCCGACCACUGCCCCGUUCUCCGAUGGCGUCGGCGAGGCCACGCAGAUCUAUUGCGAGCUCGCCCGCCUUAGCAUGGACAUGCGUGUCAUCGACGUCGGCAGUGGCCUCGGCAUUGACUACGAUGGAACUCACUCCGCACAGACCGACAUGUCGAUGGCAUACAGCCUGGAGGAGUAUGUGGCGGCUGUGGUGGCCGCUAUCGGUCGCGUCUGUGACCGCAAGGGGGUGCAGCACCCCAUCAUCUGCAGCGAGAGCGGCCGCGCUCUAGUGUCCCACCACUCGGUCCUAGUGUUCGAGGCCUUCUUGGCUACGGCGCCCGGCAUCCUGGACGUGGCCACAACCUACCUCCUCGACGAGCUCACCGACGACUGCCACGCCGACUAUCGCAACGUCAUGACCACCGCCGUGCGCGCUGAAGCGGCGCUUCGCCGAGCAGUUCAAGGAGGGGUUCUUGGCCGGGAGUACCUGGCCGCGGUGGACACCUUCUGCGAGCUCAUCGCCCGUGGCAUAGGCGCGCCCGAGCCGCCGCGCACCUACCACAUCAACCUGUCCGUGUUCACUUCCCUGCCGGACAUGUGGGCCAUCGGGCAGCAGUUCCCCAUCAUCCCUAUCCAGCGCCUACAGGAGCGCCCCGCCAUCGACGGUGUCCUCUCGGACCUCACCUGCGACAGCGACGGCAAGGUGAGCGAGUUCAUCGGCGGGAGGCACAGCCUGCCGCUGCAUGAGCUCCCCACCCACGCCACCUGCGGCUACUACCUGGGCAUGUUCCUCGGGGGCGCCUACCAGGAGGCCCUCGGCGGGCUGCUGCACCUCUUCGGCGGGCCCAGUGUGGACGGCCCCCACUGCUUCGCCGUGACGCGCACGACCGUGGGCCCAUCCUACGCCGGCGGAUUGAGCUUAUGGAUCAGGAUGGCACUCUAA